CAGAGCUCAAGUCUGAACUCUACCUCCAGACAGAAUGAAUUUCAUCUUGGCAUCUCUGCUUCUCAUGCUGCUGGUCAGCAGCCUUUCCCCAGUUCAAGGUGUUCUGGAGGUCCAUAACACAAACUUGAGGUGUAAAUGUGUCCAAGAGACCUCAGCCAUUAUCCCCCCACGCCUCAUUGAUCGAAUUCAAAUCUUUCCCCGUGGGCAUGGUUGUCCAAGGAAAGAAAUCAUAAUCUGGAAGAAGAACAAGUCAGUUGUGUGCCUGAACACUCAAGCUGAAUGGAUACAAAAAAUAAUGGAAAUGUUGAAAAAGAUUCCAACUCUACCACUUCCAGUGUUUAAGAGAAGAUUCCCCGAUGGUGAUAUUUCCGCUAAGAACAUCUGCAUUCUUCCCUUAUCCCUGCUCUGGAUUUUACUUUUGCGCUUAGUUGAAUCUUUUCCAGGAAAAAGAACUUCCCCAUGCAAAUGACCAUGAGACUAUAUGUAAAAAUAACCUUUAGAAACUGACGGGGCAGACUCAAGCUUCUUUACUCACAGCACCCUAUGUACUUGGAGUUUGCAUUCUUAUCCAUUAGGGAGGAAAGUUUUUUUGAAAGUAGUCAUUCAGUUGUCAAUAAUAUAGGGUAAUUUUGAUAAAAAUACUUGUGUAAUGU